AUGGCGCGCCGCGACAAGGACGAUAGCCUUGCGGCCCAAAUUGUGAGAGCUCGCGUCCUGAGUGAAUUCGACCAGACAGAACGGUAUUUCUAUCCUGACGGCGUGAUCGAUGAUCUUAUUCAUGGAAGAUCCAUCAUCAAGGCAUUAGGAGAGGCACAGACAGUGCCAGGCAAUAGUGACGGACUUUCCAUGGACCCACUGAUCGACUUCAUUAUGGCUAAAGCCAAAAAGGUUUUUGCAAUUGCCAUCAGGAUCGGAAUUCCCGCCCAAGAAUUGCGAGUCGCUAUGCAACUAUUGCGAAACGCGGGAAUUUCUGAUGAAAGUCUUCCGAUCGACCAGGGAUCUCUUCCAGAAGAGUGGGAUUUGCUCAGAACCAUUGAUUUCUGUACGCAACAGUGGUCAUUCAUAGCCCCUGUGUUCUCAAGAAGGAAGUUCACGUAUGAUCUCGAGCCGCAGGCAAUACUGCCGUUCAUUAAAAGGGUUUCGAAGUGCGAUCCUGGCGCAUCUGGCCGCGUGUGGCAAUUGCAAAUAGACAAGUCUCACCUUGUCGACGAGGAUGAUGCGAAAUUUCGCUGCCCUGGAACUGUUGCGGUCAAGGAAAUUCAGCCAAACGAAGAAGACCGCAAGCAUAUUGUCGACAUGUGGGGACAAGAGGCCAGAGCACUUCAGAAAAUGAACCUGCUCCACCAGCCACAUAUCGUCAAAUUUCACACGUCCUUCCGUCGAGGUGAUCCAGGAAGGCAAGAUCAUUAUCUGAUGUUCGAGUGGGCCGAUGGAGGGAACCUGAGAGACCUGUGGAGAACCUUUGAUCGACCAGCCCUGAGCAGAGAGUUGGUCAAGGCGACAGUGCGUCAAAUCCUAGGCCUUGCCAAGGCAAUUGACAAGGCCCACUAUCCUGAGACCGGUCCCAACUUCCGUCAUGGUGACCUCAAGCCUGAGAACAUACUCUGGUUCACCGGUAAGGAAAUGGGAACACUGAAGAUUGGUGACUGGGGGACCGCGAAACAGCACUUCCAUGUGACUGAAAUGCGAAAUACCAGAACUAAGACAGCUUGGGGCACGCGAACCUAUGAACCUCCAGAGGAAGUAUGUGACCAGAGCACCAAUCUACGCAUUCCAGGCCAAUACGGCUCGAAGAGAUCCCGACUGUACGACAUGUGGGCAUUCGGCUGCAUCACCUUGGAGUUUCUCAUUUGGCUUAUGUACGGACGCGAAGAGCUCAAACGAUUCAACCAGGGCAUCAUAAUCGACGACGCAAACAAUACGCGGUUUUAUCUGACCAAGCUGGACGACAAUGGCAACCCAAAAGCUAGAGUUCACGAUGUUGCUGCUAAAUGGAUGGAACACAUGGCCAAUGACCCAAUCUGCAAGAGUGGAAGUACUGCUCUAGGAAGUCUUCUAGAGAUCGUACAGAACCGACUCCUCGUGGUCAAGUUACCAGAGCGCCUGGGGACGACAAUGAGGCCUUCGGAAAACAUCAUGCCGGAGGACAACGACACGAUGAAUAUCGACAGCCCAAACUCCGAAUUACCAGCAUCUGACCCAGAUGUAAACACAUCAAUCCCGGCCAUCACGUUUGACGAAGCAGAGUCACCAGCAAACGCAGCCGACGUGGCUGGGAACGUGCGCGUGCCUACGAACUCCUCCAUUUAUUGGAGGAAGUUGAAGUCCGCAGUUGUGCAAGGUUUAUCUGCUGGUAAUACAGAACGAACUGUACGCUAUCCUACUGCUUUAUCCGAUGAAAUGCUGGCACUAAUCGCAGAGUCGAUCAUGAUUUCAGGAUUCUUCAGCCCGUCAACCCAUUUCCAUGAAUUAGUCGCUGACGAGGCAAUACUUGGUCCUCAAGGGGGUAUGUUUCUUUCCUUCUACGACCCUCUUAUGUUACAUGAUUACGGAACUAAUUCUUGGAACAAAAUCAGCAUGACGUACCAGCUGAAAUCCAACUCCAAAGCCAAGUCAUGUGACCUUUGUCGGCUCAUUUGGAAAGCGUGCUCCAAAAGCGGCGCGACUAGAGACUCGACAGUCACAGUCACAAGGAAGCAUUCAUCGAUCCGGAUCAAUGACGAAGGGCGUCCAGCAUUGUCCAUCUAUCGCAGCCUUGACGCCAACAGUGAGAUUCACUUUGAUAUCAUCAGGCAGUGGCUGGAGCAUUGUGACCGAAGCCAUCAGGACUGUUGCCCGGCUACAUCGCUGUCGGCUGAAAACAGUCUUGCUAGCUCGGCCAGCCUGACUCAUCUCCGAAACUUGCCAAAACGGGUGAUUGACGUGGGUAAACCUGGCGGUGCCAAGGUUUAUCUUCGUGAAACGAGCCCUAAAGACAACGGCGAAUGGAUCGCCCUGUCUCAUCAAUGGGGGAAUGGUCAACUGUUUCGCACUCUCCCGGAGAAUCGAAAGAGUUACAUCGAUGAUGGUAUAGCCUUCGCCGAGCUUCCCAAGACAUUCAGAGAUGCCGUUGAAGUCACUCGCGCUCUCAAUCGUCCAUUCCUCUGGAUUGAUUCCAUCUGUAUCGUUCAGGGACCUAAGGGCGAUUUCAAGGAGGAGGCGAAACGCAUGGAAGAUGUAUACAGUGGAGCAUAUUGUGUGUUGGCGGCAGCACGAUCCCCAGGUCAUUACGCCGGCUUCUUGCAGACUCGCAAGCAAAGACCCACGGUCACAUUGCAACAAGACAAGGGAUCCGCGGCAUUCUAUAUCUGCGAGGCUAUCGAUGAUUUCAGUGAGCAUGUUCUAGAAAGCUCGUUGAACAAAAGAGGUUGGGUUCUCCAGGAGCAUGCGUUGGCUCGCCGAACGGUGUAUUUCACCGAGCAUCAAACAUACUUCGAAUGCGGAGAUGGUAUACGAUGUGAGACGAUGACGAAGAUGCAAAAUGAACUUGCCACUUUCAUGGGCGACCCGAACUUCCCCCGAAUCAUCAUGAGAGCGGGACAAGGAGAGAAAAUCCUCCGAUAUCAAGACCUAUACAAAAGAUACUCUAGUCUGGGUCUUUCCGACUCUUCUGAUCGACCAAUGGCUAUAGACAGCCUGCAGGCCCGAGUCUUGAAUGUACUUGGGGCCAGGGGCGGAUUUGGUGUUCUUGAUGAGGAGCACCAAGAUAGCGAAGGUCACAUCCGAGGUCGCGGGCUCCUGCGACGUAGUCUGCUUUGGCGGCGAGCUGACAAAACUCCCGAUAUGUCUCCAAUUACAUUCCUCCCACAUCACGGCAUCACACACGUGCCUUCUUGGUCAUGGAUGAAGUACACUGGCAGCAUUGAUUACAUCAGCCCACCCUUUGGAGGGGUGUAUUGGGAACCUUUGGAAUCUCCUUGGUCCUCGGGGGAGGAGGUCCGGGAUGCUUUGGUAGCUGAAGCUCGCGAUUACGACGUAUCGACCGCCAUCGAGGAUGGAGACGGAGAGAUCAUUUUCGAUCGGACUAGCAAAAAACCGCCUCCAUCAACCAAGUGCAUUGUCUUAGGUCGGAAGAUGGGAACGGUGAACAUGAAAGACAGCCGCAGAACACACUAUCUCUUGGUGAUUGAACCAACAAAGGAUCGGGACCAAGACGGGCGUCAGAUAUACCAACGCGUCGGAGUUGGGUAUCUGCCUGGGAAGUGUAUCAAAUCCAAGGUGGUUCCUGUUAGUGUCCGUUAG